AUGCAAAGAGUUUUAAAUAAAAUUAUUUCAAAAGAUACAAUUAAUACUAUGGGUAAAGUAGCAAUUUCUAAAAAAGUUGAAAAACUUAGAACCUUUAUGAAGGAUCAAUCAUUAUCAGCCUAUAUUGUACCAAGUGAAGAUGCACAUCAAAGUGAAUAUAUUUGUGUUAAAGAUAAAAGAAGAGAAUAUAUUAGUGGAUUCAGUGGUAGUGCUGGUUGUGUUGUAAUCACAUUAGAUAAUCAAUUAUUAUGGACUGAUGGUCGUUAUUGGUUACAAGCUGAAAAAGAAUUAGAAUCAAAUUGGAAAAUAAUGAAAGAUCGUGUUGUUGGUGAACCAACAAUUCAAGAUUGGUUAUUAUCUAAUUUAAAUAAAGAAAAUAAAGUUGGUAUUGAUAGUAGAUUAAUUUCAAAAGGUUAUUAUGAUAGUAUGAAAUUAGUAUUAAAAGAGAAAUCAAUUGAUAUUAAAUUUGAUGAAGAUGGUGAAAAUUUAAUUGAUAAAGUUAGAGAAAGUUUUAAAGAUGAAGAGGAAAUACCAGAGUAUCCAAAGAAUUCAAUUUUCUUUUUAGAGGAUAAAUUCACAGGUAAACAAUCCAAUGAGAAAUUAAAAGAGAUUAGAGAAGAGAUGAAGAAACAAUCAGCUGAUUUAAUGGUGGUUUCAGCAUUGGAUGAAAUCGCUUGGUUAUUAAAUUUAAGAGGUUCAGAUAUCUCUUUUAAUCCAGUGUUUUUAUCAUAUGUUGUAGUUGAACAUGAAAAAGUUACACUUUUCGUUGACGAGAGUAAAUUAAAUGAUAAAACUAAAUCACAAUUACCAAGUGGUAUUGCAAUUUCACCAUAUAGUUCAGUUUUUGAAUAUUUAAGAAACUCUGAUAAACAAGGUAAAAAGAUUUGGAUUGAUCCACGUUCAAGUGUAGCUUUGUAUAAUUGUGUAUCAAUUUCAAAUUUACUCGAAAAGAUUAACCCAAUUCUAUUGUCAAAAGCAAUUAAAAAUGAAACUGAAAUUCAAGGUAUGAAGAAUGCACAUAUUCGUGAUGCCGUUGCAUUGAUUCAAUUCUUGGCAUGGAUGGAAGAGGAGAUCGUAGAGAAAUCUGAUGAAACUUCUCAUACUGAAUAUAGUGUAUGUGAGAAAUUGGAAGGUUUCCGUCGUCAACAAACUGAUUUCGUUAGUCUUUCAUUCGAUACAAUUUCAUCAAUAAAUGCAAAUGGUGCAAUCAUUCACUAUAAACCAGAUGAAACUACAUCGGCUACAAUUGUGAAAGGAAUGUAUUUGGUCGAUAGUGGUGCACAAUAUUUGGAUGGUACCACUGAUGUAACUCGUACACUUCACUAUGGUAAACCAACUCAACAUGAAAUCGAUUGUUAUACUCGUGUAUUACGUGGUCAUGUUGGUUUAAGUCUUUUGAAAUUUCCAAAUCGUGUAAAUGGUCGUGAUAUCGAUUGUGUUGCUAGAACUCAUCUUUGGUCGGUUGGUUUGGAUUAUGCUCAUGGAACUGGUCAUGGUGUUGGUUCCUUCUUAAAUGUUCACGAAGGUCCACAAGGUAUCUCUUAUCGUGCAAUCGCCAACCCAACCAAUCUUCAAGCUGGUAUGACAUUAACCAAUGAACCAGGUUAUUAUGAAUCUGGUAAUUUUGGUAUCCGUAUUGAAAAUGUUAUGAUUGUUGCACCAGUUACAACUCAAUUCAAUAAUGGUAAAUUCAUUGGUUUUGAUAAUAUCACUUUAGUACCAUAUGAACGUAAAUUAAUUAAUUUAGAAAUGUUAACAAAAGAUGAAAUUAACUUUAUCAAUGAUUAUUAUAAAGAAAUUGGUGAAAAAAUUUUACCAUUAAUUGAAAAAACAAAUAAUCAAAAAUCAAUUAAUUGGUUAAAGAAUCAAAUUAAACCAUUAUAA